GAAAAAAGAAAAAGAAAACCUCUUCUCCUUCUUUGAGAGGUGUAACCCCCAUCUCGAAACUUCUCUUAAGCAGCCAUUUCUCCCUCUGUUUCUUUCUUUUAUGCCAACCCCUUCCGACGUUGGACGACGACCAGCCGUUGCGCCAUACGCCGUCUACGCCAGAUCUGGAAACAUCGUGCCACUGCUGUCCGAGUCUGUCUGAGUCGCGCCAUUACUCCCUCGCUCCGGUAUCAAUUCACGCCGCUGCAGUUGUGUGUUGUCGGGCAUCGAGUCCCCGUCCCCACAGGUUAUCUCUCUCUUGUAGAUUUGGGUGUUAGAUUUGAAUUCUUGGGAGAAUUUAGCCGCUUUCCAGUCGUGAGGAAACCCGAAAUUGGGUGGUUGGCACAAAUUUAGCAGGUUAAUUGGUGCAAUGGGACGGAAGAAAACUGAAGAAGGUGGUGGAAACACCAAAGUCAAGCCUGGUAAAGAUGUUUCUGGGAAGAGAGAGAAGCUUUCAGUGUCAGAAAUGCUUGCCAGUAUGGAUCAGAAAUCAGAUAAACCGAGAAAAGGAUCUUCAUCGUUGAGUGGUGGUGCUAAACCUCAAGCAAAGGCUCCAAAGAAAGUUGUAGCUUACACUGAUGGCAUUGAUCUCCCUCCCUCGGAUGAUGAGGAAGAAGAAAUUGUGUCUGAUGGGGAGCAACAGAGCACCAGUUCCCAGAAACGGCUACCCUGGCAAGACAGGGCUGAGUUGAAGCCUUUGGAGGUGGCUGUAAGUGAUAAAGAGUUGAAGAAACGAGAGAGGAAAGAUAUGUUUGCUGCCCAUGCUGCAGAACAGGCCAGACAAGAAGCUCUAAAAGAUGACCAUGAUGCUUUCACUGUUGUAAUUGGCAGUCGAGCUUCGGUUCUUGAUGGUAAUGAUGAAGCUGAUGCAAAUGUCAAAGACAUUACAAUCGAUAAUUUCUCUGUCUCAGCUAGAGGGAAAGAGCUUUUAAAAAAUGCAUCAGUGAAGAUAUCUCAUGGGAAGAGGUAUGGUUUAGUUGGACCUAAUGGUAUGGGAAAAUCCACAUUAUUAAAACUCCUUGCUUGGAGGAAGAUACCCGUCCCUAAAAAUAUUGAUGUGCUUCUGGUUGAACAAGAGGUGGUUGGUGAUGAUAGAAGUGCACUUCAAGCAGUUGUUUCUGCUAAUGAGGAGCUGGUCAAGCUUCGGCAAGAAGUUGCUGAUUUGCAGAAUUCUGAUGGUGGCCAGGAUGAAAAUGAUGAUGAUGAUGCUGGAGAGAGGCUUGCUGAGUUAUAUGAAAAGCUGCAGCUCUUGGGAUCAGAUGCAGCUGAGUCUCAAGCUUCCAAAAUUCUUGCUGGACUGGGUUUUACCAAGGAUAUGCAAGCACGACCCACCCGUUCAUUUAGUGGUGGAUGGAGGAUGAGGAUUUCAUUGGCCCGGGCUCUUUUUGUUCAGCCAACACUUCUGUUACUAGAUGAACCCACAAAUCAUCUAGACCUUAGGGCUGUUCUCUGGUUGGAGGAGUACCUUUGUCGGUGGAAGAAAACUCUUGUUGUUGUGUCUCAUGAUCGAGAUUUCCUCAAUAGUGUAUGCAAUGAAAUUAUUCAUCUUCAUGAUUUUAGGCUUCAUUUUUAUCGUGGAAAUUUUGAUGAUUUUGAAAGUGGGUACGAGCAGCGUCGGAAAGAAAUGAACAAAAAGUUUGAGAUAUAUGAUAAGCAGGUUAAAGCAGCUAAGAGAUCUGGAAGCAGGGCGCAACAAGAGAAGGUGAAAGAUCGAGCAAAAUUCGCUGCUGCUAAGGAAGCAUCAAAGAAUAAGUCCAAGGGAAAGGUUGAUGAGGAUGGGCCCCUGCCAGAGGCCCCUAGGAAGUGGAGAGAUUACAGUGUAGAAUUCCAUUUCCCUGAACCCACUGAACUCACCCCACCGUUGUUGCAGUUGAUUGAAGUAAGCUUUAGCUAUCCGAAUAGGGAAGAUUUUAGACUUUCUGAUGUUGAUGUGGGUAUUGAUAUGGGAACGCGGGUUGCUAUAGUUGGGCCCAAUGGAGCGGGGAAAUCUACUCUUCUGAACCUGCUAGCAGGUGAUUUAAUACCAACAGAAGGUGAAGUACGUAGGAGUCAGAAGUUAAGGAUUGGGAGGUACUCGCAACAUUUUGUAGACCUUCUGACAAUGGAGGAAACACCAGUUCAAUAUCUUCUUCGUCUUCAUCCCGACCAAGAGGGUCUAAGCAAGCAGGAGGCUGUUCGUGCUAAGUUGGGGAAGUUUGGACUUCCAAGCCACAAUCACCUCACGCCAAUUGCUAAAUUAUCUGGGGGCCAAAAAUCCAGGGUUGUUUUUACCUCAAUUUCCAUGUCAAAGCCACACAUAUUACUGUUGGAUGAACCAACGAAUCACUUGGACAUGCAGAGUAUUGAUGCACUUGCAGAUGCCUUAGAUGAAUUCACUGGCGGAGUUGUUCUGGUUAGUCAUGAUUCACGACUCAUUUCACGUGUCUGCGACGAUGAAGAAAAAAGUGAAAUUUGGGUUGUCGAAAAUGGCACUGUGGAGUUUUUCCCUGGCACUUUCGAGGAAUACAAGGAAGAAUUGCAAAAGCAGAUUAAAGCUGAGGUUGAUGAUUAGCCAGUUAUCUCGAGAAAGAUGUUGGAUUUUCAAGUAGCACGUUCUACUUCAUCCUUUUCUGAGUUUCAAAGGUUGAUUUUACAAUUCAAGUAUUAUGAUUAAUGAAGUCUAACAUAUACGCAAUUAGUUGAGUAAUGAGAUAAAGUUGAUGGUAACUUUACUUUUGCUCUAUCAAAUAUGGAAUAUGAGCUAUGAUCUUCAUAUCGAAUAUGGAAUGAGACCUAAAUGCAAUUUGAGUUUGUUUGAUGCUUUAAAAUGAGAACAAAGAUUAAUGUCGAUGAAAUGAACUAUGAAGUAAGAUUUUUGUAAGAUAGUGGAAAUAAUGCGUACUUUCUACCAUUAUAUUGCUUUGAUGAA